AUGGCACCGGCUCCAUAUACUGCGGAGCCAGGCAAUUGGUUCUUGAGGGGCGUCCAAUCUGCGAUCUUCUAUUAUGUCUCCUUCACUCCAUGUCUUCAAUUUCAACAUAAACGUCAGAGGAGAAGAGAAGCCAAAGCACAAGCAGAAAUCAUUACCACUCAGCCGGGCACAGUUCGACAACCGGGUCCUUUUCAGACAAAUGAAACGUGGGCGGAAGAAUUGAUGCUGGGUCCUGGACCACCGAAAGGAUGGAAGGGUGACAAACUGUUACAAAAAUUGCAAAAGAAGGUGACAAAACAGCCUCAUCGCUUAGACGAAGCUCCUACUUCACCUGAAAUACCCAACCUACAGGUUCAACCGACAACGUCUUCGACGCGUUCAUCUACUCAACCCACGGAGACUUCAACCAGGCGGCCGUCCAGUGAUACUAAUACAGUCGCGUCUGAGGCUGAUGCCUCGGGCGAAAAUGCAUCAAGGGGUAGCCAAACAAGGCCAACUAGAGAGAGAAGAUUAUCCAAUGCAAUGGAGAACAUCAAAGACUCCUUGCGGUCAACGCUCCAUCCGGAAAAGUGGAAUUGGAAACGAUAUGACCGGGAAGAUGAGAUUCUGUGGGGCUUCAGCGAGAGAAUGACACGAAUGUGGAAUCGCGCUACUUCAGUGGCGCAUCAUGAUGAAGGGGGAGAACGAGACGGACGAAGGACAUCUACGAGUCGACGACGACGAGCCGGCACAAAUGAUAGCGAUCAAUAUGAUUACCACAGAGCGCGACACCCAGAAGUCAAUGAUCUGCACCCUCCAAUUGUUUCACAACUGCCGGCUACGCGAGAUGAAGCCGCAUGGAUGAUACUCCCGCCUCCAAGUGCAGCUGUGAUGGCGGGAAAGAAGCGACCAGGAGCAGAGGUGGAAAUGCGAUGGCCGUUGUGUGUGAUCGGCAGGCCACCGAAAUCCCCAGGACCCGAAACAUCAUUUGGUAAGACUCUUUCCGCGGAACAUAUCGAUGAGGACGAAGUAGAAAUCAGUGAUGAAGAAGUCGAGGAUGAAUCGGGUCGAGAGAGUCAAGAGGCCGAGGAUUCGCCGACUCCGAAGCGCAUUAAACGCCUUUCUGACCCAAUUAUCAAACGGCCCCUACCGACAUAUCCUCGAUCGAUGGCCGGCGAAUUAUUUGUACCCAAACGAAGAGAUUCAUGGCAAUUUCACUACGUCAUUCCAUCGAACCAGACGAUGCAGUGA